UGGCUCGGAGGCGGUGACGGCGAACAUGGCGGAGGAGGAGCCGCGACCCCCGCCGGAGGCGGCCCGCGUGCCGGCUGCAGACGCGGACCCGAGCCCGGCCGCGGGCCCGGCCCAAGCCUCGGCCCCGGCGGAGGCUGGAAGCAAUGGUCUAGUUAGUCCUUUGAAGUCAGUCAUAACUAGGAGAGAUGAAGAUGGCCUAUCUGAAGUAGAACUGAAAGUUGAAAAAGUAAAAGAAGAAGUUGUAAAAGAACCUCCUAGCAUCCUGCAUUCGUCUGAUUUAACACGAGAAAGACAUAUCUCCAUUCAGAGACAGCUUGCUGACCUAGAGAAAUUAGCUUUCAGAGCUGAAGGGGAUCUUGAAUCUGCCAGCUCAUUGAACUCCGAUAAUCUUGAUGCAGGAAACAAACAGGCUUGUCCGUUGUGCCCUAAGGAAAAAUUCAGGGCUUGCAAUAGCCAUAAGCUUCGUCGCCAUCUGCAGAAUUUACACUGGAAAGUCUCAGUUGAAUUUGAAGGUCACAGGAUGUGCAUCUGUCACUUACCUUGUCUGCCUGUGAAACCAAACAUUGUUGGAGAACAGAUAUCCAGUAAGAUGGGCGCCCAUUAUCAUUGUAUCAUUUGUUCAGCAACAAUCACCCGGAGAACUGAUAUGCUAGGACAUGUUAGGCGCCAUGUGAAUAAAGGAGAGACGAAGUCCAGAUAUAUUGCUGCUUCUUCUACUAAACCAUCUAAUGAAAUUUUGAAAGAGGCAGACACGGAUGUACAAGUUUUUCCUAACUAUUCUAUACCUCAGAAAACAGAUUCCUACUUUAAUCCCAAAAUGAAACUAAAUCGGCAGCUAGUAUUCUGCACAUUAGCUGCUUUGGCUGAGGAACGAAAACCACUGGACUGUCUAGAUGCCUUUGGAGCCACUGGGAUAAUGGGAUUGCAAUGGGCAAAACAUCUUGGAAACGCAAUCAAAGUCACAAUUAACGACUUGAAUGAAAACUCUGCGACACUGAUUCAGGAGAACUGCCAUCUAAACAAAUUGAGAGUGAAGGGGCACAGUGAGGAAGAGGAAGAGAGAGAGGGUCUUCCUGAAGGAGAGGAAAACCUCGGUAACAUUACGGUCACCAAGAUGGAUGCCAACGUACUGAUGCAUUUGAGGUCUUUUGAUUUCAUACACCUAGACCCUUUUGGAACAUCUGUGAACUAUCUGGAUUCCGCAUUCAGAAAUGUAAGAAACCUUGGCAUAGUGUCAGUGACCUCUACUGACAUCAGUUCUUUGUAUGCCAAGGCACAGCACGUUGCGCGACGGCACUAUGGCUGUAACAUCGUCCGGACAGAGUACUACAAGGAGCUGGCUGCCAGAGUAGUUGUGGCUGCAGUGGCCAGAGCGGCAGCCCGAUGCAACAAAGGCGUCGAAGUCCUGUUUGCAGUGGCGCUUGAGCACUUUGUGUUGGUGGUCGUGAGAGUUUUGAGGGGGCCAACCUCCGCAGAUGCGGCAGCCAAGAAGAUCCAGUACCUGAUCCACUGUCAGUGGUGUGAAGAGAGAAUUUUUCAGAAGGAUGGUAACAUGGUGGAAGAAAACCCAUAUAGACAGCUGCCCUGUAACUGUCAUGGAAGCAUGCCAGGAAAGACAGCAAUAGAACUUGGACCCCUGUGGUCAAGCUCCCUUUUCAACACUGGGUUCCUGAGAAGAAUGCUGUUUGAAUGUCUUCAGCAUGGUCUGGAUGACGUUCAGGCCCUGCUGAAGACGCUGAUCUUUGAGUCAGAGUGCACUCCUCAGAGUCAGUGCUCGGCCCCCGCGCCCUCCAGUCUCAGCAAGCAAGAAGAAAAUGGCGUGUGUGUUAAAACUACAGACGAAACCACAACAGACAAUUACGUUGCACAAGGGAAGAGAAAAAGUAAUGAAGUGAUCCCAAAUUUAGCCAAGAAGCAGAAGACUGACGUCAGUACCGAACAUCCUCCCUUUUAUUACAAUAUCCACAGACACAGCAUUAAAGGGAUGAAUAUGCCAAAGUUAAAAAAGUUUUUGUGCUAUCUUUCUCAAGCAGGUUUUAGAGUAAGCCGGACUCAUUUUGACCCAAUGGGCGUUCGUACGGAUGCACCUCUGGUGCAGUUUAAGUCGAUCCUUUUAAAGUACAGCACCCCCACCUACGCUGGCGGACAGGCAGAGGGCCACGUCCAGCCGGCAGCUGAGGACACAGCAGCCAGCAGGGCUGGAACGUCUGCGAAGGAGAGAGCAGAAGCAAGUGGCUGCAGAAGAUGGUAAAUGCAGAGAAGAGCCUGCGUGUUCCACACAACCGGGUCAGUUUCUUCAGCUCGUUAGCACACAGUGAGACCACAUGGCAUCUUACGUGUCUAAAAACGCCUCUCUACAAAGUAGAACCUAAGACACACCUCUCCUGCUGAAGUGAUGCUGAGUCCUGCCCCCUUCUCCAUCGCCACGCACCCUCCCUGGCUCUAAAGCGGCACCAAUGCCCACUGACCCAGUGUACAUGUCUCAUAUGCCCUACGCCAUCCUUCCGUUACCUGAGGUGUUCGUUGUAGUUCAUACAAACUGAGUUCCCAUGUCUUGCUUAAUGGCUGAGUCCCAUUUGUCUGCACAGCCUGAGACAUGGCUAGCGAUAAAGAGGAGACAGAAACAGUUUUAGUAUUAGCACAGGAAGAACAAGGAUCUGAAUGCACACGUUGCCCUCUAACCCCAAACUCACGCUGAGAUGGCUGGGGCUCAGGAAAUAACAGGACGUCAAACUGAGAGCACCUGGGGGGGCAGAUGGGGUGGGGGGCAAGCAUGCCCCUGAGGUCCCUCAUCCACCUAAAAACCCUCUCGGCCGAAGAGGAAGACAGCUGCCUGCAACUCUUCAUGGAACGUCAUCAACCAAGGAAGAUUUAAGUCCUAUCACAGAGGCAGCCCGGAGGAACUCUGUCCCAGCUAUCUGUUCUCUGGCCUCAAGUUCUCCCCCGAAAAUGUUUGCUACCCUGAAAUUGUCGAAGCCGCCCACUCUGUCUCCCCAGUGAAGAAGGCAGUCGAGCCUCAACCACCUGGCCCUUCUUUGAGCUUCAUUAUUUUGUAUGGCUUCCUUGUGCAUAUGCCCGUUAACAACCCUGAAUGCCUUUUCCUAUGUUGCACGCCUGUGGUCUCUUUAUUUCAGGAUACUUAGUUACCGCACCUUCAGAGGGGAAGUAUGAUCUUCCCUGCAAAACCGAAUCCCUAAUGCAACAGCGAAGCCCCCGGCAGGGCAGGCGGAGGGCCCCUCCCUAGGGAGGGAGGCACAGAGACCCGCUGCUCCCUUCACCAGAAGGCACAGUCCUCACCAGACCGAGCCCGCUCUUCCUUGGUCUGGGACUCUGCCACAGCAGGCCGAACAGGCAGUAAAUCUCAAAAGUGAUUUUCAGAAAUUGUUAAUCUUGAGAAUAACAGAAAUAAAUUAUGCAGUGGGUCCUCAAAAAAAAAAAA